GCCUGCCGCGCGCUCUCCCCUCCGUAUCUGCCGGCGCAGCCGUUGGACUCUUCGAAUGGAGCGCGCGGGCCCUGCGGCCGCCUCCGGGAACCGCCCCCUCGCGCGUGCAACAUGGCGGCCCCCGGGCUCGCCCAGUGACAGGCGGAGGGAGCCCAAGCGGGCCGCUGCCCGGGGGCUCCGAGGUGCCCAGCGCCAUGGAGGCCGCGGCCGCGGGGCCCAGCGCCCCCCGCGCUGAGGAGGGGGCUGGCCCAAGCCCCGCCUCCUGGAUCCAGCGGCUCUGCAACGAGGUGCUCCGCUCCUCCCAGCUGAGCGUGUCCCUGGCCGAGGCCCCGCCGGUGGCCGUGGUGGCGGUGGAGCGCUACAUGGCGGAGAGCCCGCCGCCGCCCAGCAGCAGCAGCAGCGGCGGCGCCCUGCCCAAGCCGCCCGCCCCGGCCUAUUGCUACGACGUGACCCUGGCGGACGGCAGCCGGCGGGAGAAGUGCUACCUGGCGCCGCCGCUGAACGCCCUGGUGCAGAGGGGCGCGCUGCGCGCCGGCGGCCGGCUGCGCCUCACCCGCUGCUCCUACCUCUACGACGAGAAGAAGCUGAGCUCGGGCUUCCUGUGCCUCGAGCGGCUGGACGUGCUGCGGGACCCGCCGGACCUGCCCCCCGGGGGCCGCGAGCCCGACCAGCAGCGGCGCCCGCCGCUCAAGGGCGGGAGGAGCCAUUACCUGCCGCUGUGGAACAACGAAGAUCCCUACGGGGACAUCUGGCUGGCGAGCCGGCCGCCGGAGCGCGUCGAUAUCGAUGUAUCCAAAUUAACUUCUCUUGGUCAUCUGGAAAUGAACUGGAGGAGCAGAAUACACUUCAGUCCAUUGCUUGUGAGAAUCUUGCAUAAGGCUAGACUAAGGUACUAUGGGAAACCUGACAAAAAACUGGAUAUACCGUAUCAGGCUUAUUUUGAAGUUGCUGAUAGUUCAGGCAUGAUGUCGAUGGUUUUGUGGAAUUCUUUAUGUCCUGAGUGGUAUAACAGUAUGAAGAUUGGUACAGUACUUCUGCUUGAACAGUAUGGUAUCAAAACCAGUUAUCCAUUUAAAACACAGCCAACACCAGGGGAUUCGCAGAUGAAGCGAUUUACUACGAUUGAAAUUAGCCUGAAUGUUCGAGAUCCUCCAACUAAAAUUAACAUUAUUCCAGAAAAAAUGGUUAAACCGGAGUGGAGAUUACCUGAAGUUAGAUAUCGGUUUGUCACAAGGUCAGAACUGGAUAACUUACCGAACAAUCAUUCCUGUGAUAUUAUUGGUCUUGUAAUAUUUGUAGGAAGGGCUGAAAGAACAAGAAAGAGAGAAUAUAGUGAAGAUUUUUGGAUUCAUCGCUGGGCACAUGUUGUUGAUGGGACAUCUGACCAACCAUUCAUACUGGAAUUGUUUGCCACUUCUCAGCCGGAUGUAUUUGAACAUAUUCACCCAAUGACCUAUUUGGUGUGCACACAGAUGAGAGUGGUGCGGGACAUCACUGAGAAUACUCCCAGAGCACUUUACCUUACAACUUCAAAUGAGAGUCAGAUGUUUAUUACAGGGUGGCACAAAGGCCAACCAUAUACCAGAGAUGCCAAAGUGAAAAACUUUAUCCAGUGGAUUAAAACUCAAAGUGAAGCUGAUCAAAUGAAGAAAACUGUAAUUGGUGGAUACUGUCCUUUCCCACCAGCACCAAAUACUUUUUUGAAGUAUUGUAAAAAUAAUAAAGUUGAAUCAGUUUUGAAAGCCAUAAGCGAAAUGGAGAGGGAGAUUGAAGACCUGCACUACAGGGAGCACAAGCGCUUUGCUGUUCAGGGGAUAAUUAGUGCUAUAAAAUAUGUCAGCUAUGCAGCUGAAGAUGCCUCAGGAGUGGAACCAAUUCAGGAAGAUAGAGACCAGUCAGCAUCUCAAAAAACUAUAAAAAACACUGGUAUGUCUAAAGAUUGUGUUACGAAAGGGAAAAAGCGAAGCCAUCGAAAUAAAGAAGCUAACUCCGUACUUGAUUCACAAUGCGCUUCAUUGGAACAACAGCAGCAUCCACGUAUGUUAACCAGAAAGAGUCGAAUCAAGAGAAAGAUCGAACACCGUACAGAGCCUGAAAACUUGCAUGAAUUUCAGCAAGAAGAUUCUGUUCCAAAACAAAAUAUCUUGACUGAGCCUGACACUUCACAACCUGAUAGAGCAGACAAACAGGGAGUGAAUGAUGCACCUGAAAUAGAAGAGAUGGGAAGAACUUCUCAUGAUUCAUGGCAAAGUGAUCUGUGGGUAAUGGUGAAAGACAACUUAAUAGAUCACUUGCAUUACUGCACUGUUUUCCCAGAAAGCAUCCCACGUAAAUUUGAUUAUAUGCUCAAAGAAUUCCUUAUACAGCAAUACAAUCUACAUCCAGCUGUGCACAAUCCAAAAGAAUACAUAACAAAUAAAGAAAUUCAUGAAUUUAAAAGUGCCAGUGGCCCUGGGCACUAUGAAGUGACUAUACUGGGGAUAAACCAUGAUGUGGCUAUAGAUGUUGCAUUCCCACCUAUGUUUUGUCCUGAAGAUCCUCAUUUAUUUCGAAUAGAGGAUAUUCAGAAUGAUAUGUUGUUAUCCUGUAUGAGCUGCAUCUCUGUGUGUCAGCAGGACACCACGAGCAAUCAAAAGCUUUAUGACACGUUUCCACUUUCAAUGGUGAGUCAACUGCUGCCGCUCCAUGCGCAGUGCUCCACGGGCCGGCACUGGUCCCCCUCCACGGCUCCGGUGAAGAAGCCGAAAAAGACUGAGGAUGAAACUGUAAAAGCAGCAGUUGACCUAGACAGACAACAUGUCAUCUGUAUCCUGGACAUCUGUCGUUUAGGUGAAGAUAAAGUGGAAGUUUUUCUGAACAAAAUUUAUAAGAUAAUGGAGACUGAUGUGGUGAACCUUGUGUAAUUUAAUAGCUUGUUUUAUUGACGUUAUCCAUUAAUUGUUGGAAGGGAGGGGAAAAAAACCUUUCGUAACUUACAGUACACCCUCUGCAUAUUGCCACUUUCUAGAGCGUAUAGAGCCAGCAUAUCCAGUGUUAUGAAGUGCUCUGAUAGAGCAAUUGUAAUGGUAGUCCUUACAAUUGACAAGGAAGGUUCAUUACCUUUAUAUCUGAAGGCUUUGGAGCAGAGUAUUAUAAAUAUGGCUGAGUGCUAAUUAUUUUUAUACCUCUAUUGCUUUAGUGUAAUGCAUUGAGUGCUGCAGGCAGCUCCCAAGUGUCAGGUGUUUUGUACGUGUUCCAUCAUUAAGCAAAGAGACUGGAUGGGGAAUGGAAUGUGCAGCCAGAUUCUGUCCUCUGUCAGUGAGAGUUGCCUGCAUAUAUGCAUGGGAAGAAUUUGGCUGUAAGUCACUUGUGUGACUGUCUCUCUAGCUGGUAGUAACCUAAAAUCAUUGCCAUCUGACAGCUCGUCAGGAAGGUCAUGUGAAAUAAAAUGGUGGUCUCAGUCCAGUUUCUAGAGAAAACAUGGCUGCAUCACAGAAACUUGCCACCUCACUUGUUCCCUUGUUUGUAGUUUCAGUAGAGCCAAAAGACUUAAUUUCAAUAGAUUGAGAACUAUCCUCUGCUUUAUAGAAGAGUCCCUCUGAGCAGUUUGAGAGACGCAUUGGCUGUUGGUGGGGAAAAGUUUGCCCAGCCAGUGGCAUACUGUGAAUGGAAGCCACAGAAGGUUCUGUGAACGGAAGCCUUCAGUUUUAAGUGCUUUCAGUUCUGCUCCAUAACAUUAAAUUAGUUAAAAAACAAGGCACUUCUCUGCAUUAUUUGUGUUAGAUUUUCUAGAAGCAUUAUUGGAUACAGGGCCAAAGUUUGAGUGUUGUAUGGUCACUUAGAAUGUCAUUCUAUGCUUCUGCAUAGAUAUCCAGUAAAGUUUUGGUGUGUCUCACAAUUUUUAACAGUUUACUAAUAGAAGAAUAUUAAUGUAAAUGUCCUGAUAAGUGAAAGUUAAUACCGUAAAACAUUUGUCCUUUAUAUCUUUCUGUACUGUAUUUUGUAUUUAAAUGUAUGAUAUGGUAUAGGCUCCAGGGUCUAAUAAGAGAGUCUGGCACUCGUACUUGCUAUUCCAAAUUGAGCCAUGCUGACUAUGCCAGCAGAUAUUUUAAAGUAGAUAUACCUCAGGUAGAAGCUUAAUUUUAAGGAAACCAGCAUUUCAAGAUUAAAUGUGUAAGGUAAUUAUGUUUUUGUAAUAGAAAUGACAGACACUUGUACAGAGUUACCAUAUUUUAUUAUUUGUUCUAGUCACUCAGCCCUCUUCCUUUUGUUUUGUUUCUCAGUGCUCCCAUUACAUGUAGUAAAACCCAGCAAUGGCUCUGCCUGCUUUAUCUCACUGCAUAGCAGUGUAUACUUAACAUUGUUGUUAUCCCUUGAUGCUUGCUGUCUUAAAUCUUAACAGCAAAUUCAGAAUUAUGUAGA